CAAAAUAAAAGAAUCCUAUAACUGUUUUUCGACCAUCAUCUCUAAAUUUAGCAUCUCUUUUCUAGCUAUUAGACUUUCUAUCUUCAUUCUCUCAGGAAAUUGGAGAAGAAGCUCUCUCGAAUACGUUCCCAAAUUGGAUGUCAGUUUCCCAUGAGAUGUUCUUGCUCUUAGCUUGAAAAAAAAAAUCUCAUCAUUCCCAUCAAUAUCAAGCUUUCUAGCCUGACAUCUCAUGGGAAACUGCAUAUCCAACCAUAAAAACUCCAUUGCUUCGCACAAAAAACGACAUGGAAGGCCUUCACAGAAACCCAUUUCUCAGAAAUUUAAGCUUCCUAGGCCUUCACAGAUCCAGCAUAUAAUUUCAAACCCUAAUGAGGGUAACAUCUACGAGAAAUACAAGCUUGGAAGAGAAUUAGGGCGCGGUGAAUUCGGGGUGACGUAUCACUGUGUUGAAAUGGAGACAGGUGAAGCUUAUGCGUGCAAAAGGAUUGCCAAGGAGAAGCUAAAAACAGAUAUGGAUGUGGAUGAUGUGAGGAGGGAAGUGGAAAUUAUGAGAAGUUUGCCUAAGCAUCCCAAUAUUGUGAGCUUCAAAGAGGCUUAUGAGGAUGAAGAGGCUUGUUAUUUAGUCAUGGAGCUCUGUCAAGGCGGCGAGCUCUUCGAUCGGAUCGUUGCUAAGGGACCUUAUACUGAACGUGCUGCUGCUAAAAUUGCCAAGACCAUUUUGGAGAUUGUCAAGGUAUGCCAUGAAAAUGGAGUGAUACAUCGGGACUUAAAGCCGGAGAAUUUUUUGUUUGCAGAUUCCGGUGAAAACUCCCAACUAAAGGCAAUUGAUUUUGGCCUCUCCAUAUUUUUUAAACCAGAUGAACGCUUCAGUGAAAUAGUUGGCAGCCCGUAUUACAUGGCGCCUGAGGUUCUCCGGCGGAAUUAUGGACCGGAAAUUGAUGUUUGGAGUACUGGUGUAAUCCUUUAUAUCUUGCUUUGUGGAGUUCCUCCAUUUUGGGCAGAAACUGAGCAGGGAAUAGCUCUUGCAAUAAUCAAAGGGUACAUAGAUUUUGAGAGGGAUCCAUGGCCAAAGAUUUCCCAAGAAGCAAAAGAUUUGGUGGAGAGAAUGAUUGAUGCAAAUCCAUACGAUCGGCUAACAAUUCAACAAGUUCUUGAGCACCCUUGGAUACAAAAUGAGAACCAUGCUCCUAAUAUUUCCCUGGGAGAAAAUGUGGCAGCAAGGAUUAAAAAUUUCGCCUUGAUGAAUAAGUUCAAGAAGAAAGUUCUAAGAGUGGUAGCAGACAACUUGCCAAAUGAACAAUUAGCAGGAUUAAAGGAGAUUUUUUACAUGAUGGACAAAGACAACAAUGGAGACUUGUCAUUUGAUGAGCUCAGAGAUGGCCUCAAUAUGAUUGGCCAUCAAGUUUCUGAUCCUGAUGUCAAAAUGUUAAUGGAAGCAGCGGAUACGGAUGGAAAUGGGUGUUUAAGUUGUGAGGAGUUUGUGACAAUGUCGGUUCACUUAAAAAAGAUUGAGAACGAUGAAGAUUUGUCUCAAGCUUUCAAUUACUUUGACAAGGAUCAAAAUGGGUUUAUUGAGUUUGAUGAAUUGAGAGAAGUUUUACUAGAGGAUAAUCUUGGUCCCAACAAUGAACAAAUCAUUCGAGAUAUUUUGACAGAUGUUGAUUUAGAUAAGGAUGGUCGGAUAAGUUUUGGAGAGUUCAGGGCGAUGAUGAAAGCCGGGACGGAUUGGAAGAUGGCUUCCAGGCAAUAUUCAAGAGCAUUCCUAAACGCUUUGAGCACUAAAUUAUUCAACGACAAAUCUAUGAAAACACUCACCAUUCCAAAUAGACAACCUUCCAUUAAAGUGUAAAAAAGAACCCAUCUUGUACUUGCUCCAUUUUUUGCAUAAUAAUGGAUUCUUGCAAAAUCAUUUUGUGAAUUGAAAAUGAUACUAUUCAUCCC